CUUUCUUGAGGGUUAUAAUUACUACAGGUGUGCUACUUUAUGGACUGACGUCUGGUUAUUGUCAGUACAUUGUACAGGUGAUGCUGGAAUGGGAUUUUAAUUUUUUUUUUUUUGAAAUGAACCAUGGAAACUUUACAUAAAACCGAUUUUAAUCGGGAGCCUCUGAUAUGCACAGAGUCCUCAGAAGUGCAUAAUAGAACAUCGUAAUCAUAUUUAAAGUAUCGUUAUUUUGGGACUUUGGGUAUUUUAUGUGUGUCCUCGCUGUCUUUAAAUCUAUUUAUCGUCUACGUAUCUUCUAAACCUCACGACAAUGAAAUGUGUCAUUUUGAAUUUAAAUGAUUUCCAUCUGAGUUACUGGCAUCCGUUCGCAAAAUAUCUUUAACACCAGUGGUCCACGUCUCUUCUGUUUGCUAUAAAGCUACGACUCGCGAUGCUGUGUUCACGCUGUCAGAGAAGAUAAUGUCUCCGAGGCCAACGUUGUGUUUCGCGAUAACUCUUACCAGUCACGAACGAUGAUGAUACUUUCAUAUUUAUCUCACAUUGGAACCAAAAACACACUGAUACCCCCUAACAAUGGUAUAUAGCAUUGUUGUGAUGGGGCUGUCUUCCAUAAAUUAUUGUAAGUUGUGUAGUAAGAAGAAAUAUAAGGAGUCGUGGUCUGAAAGCGUUGCUUUGGAGUCGGUGAGAUAACACAGCUGAAGAUGUUCGUCUUCCUGUUGAUCAAUCGUUUGGUCCAUUUCUUAACUCAGUAAGAAUUUAACUGUUUUUUUUUUGUUGUCUAGAAUUAAUUUCUGCUCAAUGAUUCUUGUACUGAGCUGACGUUGCAUUGGUUACUUCUCAGAUCACGUAGACACUGAAAUUCAUCAAUGAAUUAUUCGCCAGUGAGCUUGUAUUUAUGUUAUUGUUUCCUACUAAAAUCUUGCUUGAAAGGAAGCUUUUUAAGUGUUGGAGACACUGAGAAGUGGUUAAUAAAUAGGUCACGUCAUUAGACUUUGAAUUGUUGUCAGUGCUUGGUAACAAUACGUGUUUUCCAAGAUCCUCCUUGGUUAAAAGACAAUAGACAAUACAGUUAUAUUGACGAGUGUAACUGAAGUUGGAACACAGAGAAGAAAUUGUUUUGGAAUAAUUUAAUUAGAGAAGAAAUUAACGGAGUUUCUGACGCGAAAGAAGGUUUAAAAACUGUUGCCACAACGUCUCAUUGACAUGCAGGGGACCAUAAGGGUGAAGAUGGUAUCGCCAAGACUGAAGAAUGUAGUGAAGUGGAAAUUGUAAUAAAAAUGGUUACAAGGACAAGUUGAUUACUUUCUGAUUUGUUAAUAUCUUUCAGAGAUGUUUCUAAGAGAGUCGUAGAGAAGUAUCUGUCUUUGAUUUCAUUUCGCCACGUCUCUUAGUAAAAACUCUCCUAUCGUCUGCGGUUACAUAUUCUUCUUCUUAUUAUUCUUCUAAAUAUCUUGAGUAGGGGAACGAAGAAAAACAUUGACAUUUUUACAUUCUUGAACAUAACUGUCAGCGAAUGGGGGAGCCCAUUUUCGACCAUUGUGUGCUGUUUUUCCACUUGCAUAUAAGGCAGAAUUAUUUGUUGUGAGAUGAAAGAAUACUGCAGAAGUGAUUUAGAAGGGUUGACAUCAUGUAGGGAGGGUUUUAUGGUGCGGUAGUUACAAGCAAAUAUUGUGGUAGACUGCAUGAUUUAAAGUUCAUAAGCUAUUGCAAAGUGCCUGAUAAAGCCACAAUAUAAACUUUCUUGGUUAAAUUCUUUGUCGUAUUGUGUAGACGGAAAAUGAAGGAAAAGAAAUGUAACAGAAACUUUGGAAUAAAUACAGAAUGUUGAUACCUGAAAAUAAUUGCCGAUAACGUAGCAAUGUGUUCAUGAAAAUAAUAAGUGAACGUUUCUGACUUCGUCCUCGAUUGAUUUGAUUCUGUGUCACGCUCUUAUGGAAGCAAAUGAUAUAUUAAUUCUUUGAUUGAACUCCAUUUAUUCUGAAUUUGGCAACAUUCAAGUUCCUAGUUAGUUAAUUAUAUUCUUAAAAUCAUCGGCAGUGACCAAAUAUUGUUGUUUUUACGACAUUGAAGAGAAUAUUCCUCGACCAUAUUUGGAGUAAACUGAGCGAAAUAUUUAUGGAAUAUCGUACAGAAAACAGGUGGUCGAAGGAAGUUUUCUCGCUGAACAUGUGGGAAAUUUGGUAAAAAUUGUGAUCACAUCUGGUUGUCGUUGAACACUGUUAACAAUUCUUCAAGUGUUGGACGUAAAAUGGUGAUAGGUUAGGCCAAGGAUUUUAUAAUAAUUCCGUUCGCGAGUUUUUACGAGUGAACAGUUGGGUAUAAACUAAGCAUAUUUAGCUUAAUUCAAUACAUUUAAAAAGUUAAUAACAAAUCUGUUUCGGUACGUGUUUUGGAGUGAAAGUCCUGGAUGAAAUGAAAGAUUAUUUAUAAUAUUUCAGAGGAUUUGUCUCACGCCAAAAAUUAGCGAGUUUCUGUAAAGUGAUUGAAGAGUGUUGUGGAUUAUCUAGAAGGUAACUAACCAGAGGAAUAAUUAACGGAAUGUUGCGAAGUAUAUUUGAAUUAUAAUUUGCCGAAUAUUCUCAACUGUACAAUUUUAUAGUCUUUUCGAUUCUUCAACAAAUAUCUCAUAAGACAUUCCCAGAAACAGUCUGUAAAGUGCAAAUUAAGAAGUGAGUAGUGUGAAAUUCGAAGGCUUUGGCGUAAGCCUUGCGUUUAACAAGCGUCAUAUCGGAUAACUACAUCUGAAGCCAGACAGUUGUAUUCAAGCGUCACAGUCGACAUUCGGUGACUUUGGCGACUGCACAUCGAGGAGGAAGGUUCUUAAAAUGUUGGUGGAUAGGCAGUGUCGUGUUUAAAAAGGCCCGUUGCCGUGGCGACGGUGUGACAUGUCCACUGCCAAGCGUCUGGUCCUUUCCCUGCGGGGUCGGAAGCAGUCAUCACCGGGUGCAUUUAGCGGCGGUAACGGUGGAGGUGUGCUGCCCUGUGACCCGGGUUCGAGUUCGAGCAGUACGCGGCUGGUGAUAGGAGGCGGUGGAGUAUCCCGCUACGGCGGUGGGGCCCAGUGUUCUUCCCCGGGGGGCGGAGACCACCACCACCACCACCACACCAGCUUUUGCAGUAACCACGAGCUGGACGAGAUAGCCGUCGUCUCAACCAACGCCGAUCCCCUCCACGUUAAAUAUGGCAGUGGAACGCUGACUGCCGCCAAUGGUCCAAGGCUUGUCCCAGGGAUCAUAACUACUUCUGGGCGUAUGAUCGGGGAGCGGCUGAGUGCUUCUGGUACGCGUCUCAACACCUCCAGUCCGGUGCAGUCCGCCUACCACGGAAACAAAAGCAGCACGGAAAGCGUACCUCGCUCCAGCACCGGAGGACUCAAGUCUGUGUCUCGGCAGAGUCUCCUGGACAUCGUGAGCUGUCGACUCGGGGUCGGUCGAAACAAGCAGCAGCAGCACCACCAACAACAACAACAACACCACCAGAGAUAUUUCUCGUCGUCGCGGGACUCCCUCGCGGCUGCCUAUGUGAACCGGGCUGCUGCCGUCUCAUCUACCGCGUCCGAGCUGGACUUGAGCCGAAAGACUCGACGCCGAGACCUUAGGGGACGCCUCAAGCUGCCACCUACCGUCGCUUUAGCGUCCUCAGUCUGUGGUAACGAGCCGCCACUGAUUGGACACUGGGGACAUCGCGGUGCAUCGGGCGGUGGACCUGGUGGCACAGGACCCGAUUCGAGCAAUCAGAACGGUAAUUCCUGUGGCGGUGCCAAUGGUUACCACACUCGCCGGCUAGGCUACUAUCCUCGCUUCAGGGCCGGCGCGCCCAACUGGUCCUUCGUGUUUGACCCCGCGGGACGCCUCUGUUACUACUGGUCCAUGGUCGUGUCGCUUGCCUUCCUGUACAACUUCUGGGUCAUCAUCUACCGAUUCGCCUUCCAAGAAAUCAACGGUGAGACGAUAGUGGUGUGGUUCUGUCUUGAUUACCUCGCCGACUUCCUGUACCUAAUCGACAUCGUGUUCCACUUCAGAACGGGUUAUCUCGAAGACGGCGUUCUUCAGACAGACUCGACAAAGUUACGUAACCACUACAUGAACUCCACCACGUUCUACAUCGAUUGCCUCUGUCUUCUGCCGUUAGAUUUCCUAUAUCUUUCGAUAGGUUUUAAUUCUAUACUUCGUUCGUUUCGUCUUGUUAAAAUCUACAGGUUCUGGGCUUUCAUGGACCGUACAGAGAGACACACAAAUUAUCCGAAUCUCUUUAGAUCUACGAGUUUAAUACAUUAUUUGUUAGUGAUAUUCCACUGGAACGGUUGUUUGUAUCAUAUAAUAUACAAGAAUAACGGGUUUGGUAGUAAAAACUGGGUUUAUAGUGACAGUGAAACUGCAGACGUCGUGAAACAGUACCUGCAGAGUUAUUACUGGUGUACUUUGGCGCUGACCACGAUCGGAGACUUGCCUCGGCCGCGUAGCAAGUUCGAAUACCUUUUCGUCAUCGUCCAGCUGUUCUUCGGACUCCUCCUGUUCGCCACUGUACUGGGUCACGUGGCCAACAUCGUCACGAGCGUCAGCACGGCCCGCAAGGAGUUCCAGGGUGAGUACUCGAGACCCACUGGACGCACUAGCGAACAGUUUAAAUGUUAAUGUAAAUUUCAGUCGUUCUUAGAAUUAAGUUAUGUGUUAUAAAUUAGCUGAUGCAAUUGUUCUUAGUGAGAAAAUUGUUAGAAACGGAUUGUGAGAUUUGAGGUUUUCACAGCGAUGAGUAUGAAGAUUU